AUGCCAGUCGAGCGUGCGGAUACCUACGGCCUCAUGUUAGUGAGUCCCAAAAUGAUGACCUUGACGCGCGGUGAGUGGCACAGCCUUUCUCUUGACAUCGGUUUUACACCUUGCUACGAUCGUGCUGACGUCCCCAUCGUGGCAUCUGUAUCAAGUAUCUUGGGCUUAGUCGUACUCAAAGGUAUUUACGUGCACCCAUCCAUUCAUCAAUGUGAUGGUACCAUCAUCAGGAUACACAUCACCAACCACAGCAGGUGCGAAGAGAUCGUUGUCAACGCUGGGCGAGCCAUUGCUCAGGUUUUCUUCAUAAGCAGCAAUGAAAUUGGCUUGGAGACCCGGGUGCCGGAGCACGUCAUUGUGACUAAUGACACAGUGUUGGCCAAAGAUCUCCCUAGCCUCGUGAUAGUCGAGCCAGCGAACAGAGACCGAGCCGUCUGUCGUCCGGAUGAGAUGCCCAUCUUGCAUCCACUCUCCAGUACGAACACUCUUCCUUUCCUUGUCGUUCCCUUGGAACGAAUCACUAAGCAACAUCGCGACAUCUUUGGAAUGGUAGGUUUCAACAAGAACUCCCAGGACAAUAAUAAUGGCACAACUUAUCUGAAGAAAGGCAGCCUAGUAGCUUGCAUUCGAUUCACCAGACUUGCAAACGUGGACUACCUGUGGUUAUGA